CGUCAUAGUCAGUUUUCACUGGGGCUGAUGCUCGAGAAGAAUUGGCAUCUAUGACAAAUGAGUCAAUACCACAGGGUGUGGAUGCAGCACUCCUGGACAAGCUUUCUUAUGCUAUUUUGACCGCCGUACGUCCAAAUCACUUGCAGGACCAGACAGUCCAAUACGGUGGACCCGACGCUUCUUUUCACGAAGAUCGAGAUACUUGCUACUCUCGUCUCAUCAUUGCCCUUGCACAGAAUGAUGAGUGGCGCGAACGUCUGGCCCGUGAUGGUCAUUUCGAGCAUUGCGUUUUUCUAGCCGAGGCCCUUGAAUGCCACACUUGGCUUCCCGGAUGCUACCUUGCUGGGAUUUUCGCAUAUAUCAAUCCCUCAAACAAUGUUCUUCCUCGUAGCCCUGCCCAGAAGAGGAGGCAGGCAUUCAUCAGGGAGAGAUGGAACACACCCUAUAUCAUGCCACGCCACAUCAGUGCACUAUCAACCCUCGUGGUGGCGACGAGGGAUAAUUUACCAGACUGGGAUUCUAACGAGGAAUUAGCAGAACUCACUACAGAUGUGUCUAGAGUUUUGAAAUUGUUGCCAGGGCAAAAAAAAUUCAUGGUUUAUUUCGGUCUAGAUCAGGCUCUAUUUGAUGCUGCCCUGUCCUCCGUGCAGGGUUUGUAUGACGAUUUAUGUCGUAUGAUCGAGAACCCAGGUACCUUGCAGACGGACAAUGGGUCUUUGGAGUCUUGAAGGCAAACCGUUAUGUGGCAGUAUCGUAUAUCCUACCAUUCUGACUUGUAAUUCUACGCUGAGGUUGGUAUAUUUAUUCCUCCAAGGUUGAGCGCUGAGCCGUUAACUUGCCAGUACUGCCAAUUUCGUACAAUAACUAUUAUCCCUCCAUAUGUGACACCAGUGUAUUCGUCUCCC